AUGUCGUACCAGCAGCCAAACCAGGGCUACUACGCGCAGCCCCCGCCGCAAGGACCGUACAUGCAGGGCCCGCCACCGCCGCAGCAGAUGUACUACCAGCAAGGCCCUCCGCCGCCGCCGCAGGAGGAGAAGAAGGACCGCGGUUGUCUCGCCGCCUGUUUGGCGACGCUGUGUUGUUGUUGGUUGUGUGGCGAGACGUGCGAGUGCUGUCUGGAUUGCUUUGACUGCUGCUGCUAA